AUGGAUAAGGAGGAAUUGGAGCUUAAGGAGCAGCUAAAGAAGCAAAAGAAGGAAGAACUCGAGAGAAGACGCCAAGCAAGUAAACAAAAGAGAUCGUCAGAACCUACAGGUCUUUAUAUUUCUAAUUUAUCAUUAGAAAGCACGACAGUUGAUUCUUUAAUAGAUGAAUUUAGUACAUUUGGCAAAAUUAAAAAAGAUCACCAGAAUAAUUAUAGGUGCAAGUUGUAUUUGGAUGAAAAUGGCAGAUUCAAAGGCGAUGCCCUAAUAAUAUAUGAAAGAGCAGAGUCGGUUCAGUUGGCUAUUGACCUCAUCAAUGAUGCAGAAUUGAACGGUUGCAAGAUUAAGGUAGAAAGAGCUGAAUUUAAUAAUGAUAAGAGAGAGAGAAUCCACGAUAAAGAUGAUAGUGAGCCCCCUUUGAAGAGAAGAGUAAUUGAAGUUAGUCAAGAAAAAAUUGAUACAUCUUCGAGGAAAGAAAGGACAAUUGUCCUUUCCAACAUACUUGACAUAUAUGAGGAUAUCGAAAGUGAUGAGCUACAUGAUUUAAAACAGGAUAUACUUGAGGGCUGUGAAAGUUUUGGUGAAGUUUUGAACAUAACUGUCGAUAGCAACAGAGGUGAGGCACAUGUAGUAUUUAAGAGGCAAAAAGAUGCACUGCAAUGUUGCAAAAAGAUGAAUAAUAGAUUUUUUGAUGGACGAAAGUUGAUAGCUUUCAUGUUGAGUGAAGAAGAUGACGUCGCUUCCAGUGGAGCAGAGUCCACAAACGGUGAAAAUUCAGAAGGUACACAGCAGGAGGAGGAUGAUGUAGUUGAAUUUACGUAG